UUUCUUUAGACUCGCAUUGUCUGUCCUUAGCUGCCGUGCGUCCUGUCCAGUCGUCGUGAUAACUCUGGGAUGAGUCGGUGGAUCUCUUCCACUGCUGGAGACGUUAAAGCACCGAUCAGUCAUUUUUCCGCCGUUGAGCUGGACACUGCGGCCGCAGACAAGAAGCGCACCUUUUGCAAUUACUACAAGCAGGAGCCGCAGGAACACCACCUGACCACCCUUUUAAAGGACUCGUCUAUAGCAAGGAAACUCUAUUUCCGAUGGACCGAGUAAAUGCUGUCCAGGCACCGGGCUGCCUUUCGCCCCCGUCCACGCCACCUCUGAUUAUUAAUGAGGAAAGUUCCUCAGUCGACUUUGACGCUGUGAAGACCCUGUUGUCUUUCGGCCAGUCUGGUCAUUUGGUCGCCUCCACCGCCGUCCUGCACCAUGGCCUGCCGACACCGCAGCCGUCCGAUUCGGAAAGCGAAGACCCUGAGCCGGCGACCAAGAAGUCGCGGCUCUCGGCGCCAGUCAACGGAGCUGAGCUUGCCAGAUUGCUGACGAGCGCCACUCCUCCCCAGAGUCCGACUCCGGCCGUGAGUCCGGUGCGCGUGCCCGUCAUCAUGCACGCCAACAAGGACGGCACCUGCCAUCACGUUGCCCAAGUUCCCAAGAGCUGCGAGGGCCUGUCGAAGACGCCGCUGAACAAACUGCCUCUGCAGAAACGCAUUCUGGCCAAGCUGCCGCCGAGCAGUCUGGCGCCUCAGGCCGUCUUCGCGGCGCCGCCCAGUAUUAGCCAACCGGUGGCCAUCGCGCCCAAACCGGACCUGCAGCAAACCACCGCCCUCAUCUUCACCACCGGCGACGCCCAGGGCCAGCAACCCAUGCGUCUGGUGCUCAACCCCAAUUCGUUCGUCCUGCUGGCGCCGAGUUCGGCGCCGUCGGUGGCGCCAACGGCUGCUGAGAAGGAGCCAGACACCCGCCGUCGCAUCUUCGAGUGCAACUUCGAAGGCUGCACCAAGAACUACUUCAAGUCUUCGCACCUGAAGGCCCACAUGCGCACCCACACCGGCGAGAAGCCGUUUUGGUGCCAGUGGAAGGACUGCGGACGGUGUUUCUCAAGGUCGGACGAACUGUCCCGGCACAAACGGACGCACACCGGUGAGAAGAAGUUUGCCUGCAAGGUUUGCGGCCGGCGGUUCAUGCGUUCGGACCACCUGGCCAAGCACGAGCGGCGCCACCUGAGACAGACCUCAUCGACGCCCGUCUCGGCGCCACCCACCUUCACUACUCAGACCCUGGUGCUGCCCUCGACGUACCUGGCCGCUCUGAAGGCGUGAACGCGUCCAGUAUUCGAUCGGCAUUCCACUCCGAGGACAAAUUUUAGUGAAUUUCGAGUCGAACUGUAGCUUCUUCGAUUUACACAUGCAAUGCUGUGAUGUUGAAUUACACGUUUAAUUAAGAUUAAUUUUAUUUUUAAUUAUUGUAUGAUUUGAGAUGUAAUCUUGAAAUCGUGAGAUAUUUAUUUUCGAAAGAGAGGACUGAUGUGUCAUUAAUAUAUGCACCAUAGAGCAAUUCAAUAUUUCUAGAUAUAAGUUUUCUUUGAAGAAAGAAAAAAUCAGCACUUUCUAUAAUACUGCCAUGUCCUUGCUUUUGACGCUCUCGCAUCAGAUGACUAAUAAUUGGAAAGAUAUUUCUACAAAAUUUGAAUGUUUUCUCUACACAACUUUGUAUAUAUAAUAAUUCUACAAAUCAAUAAGGUUACUAUAAACAUGUUUUCACUUUUUCAUAAAAAUUAAAAAUACAAACUUAACUGAA